CCUCACAAUGCUCACAUCCCAGCUUUGGAGAGUCCGCUCCUCACAACUCACAAACAGUUGCGGUCUGGCAGAAGAAGGGUGAAAGCUCUCCCUCCUCCCUACUCCCUCUUCCCUCCUCCCUCCUCCCUCCCCAAUUUCUCUUUGGGUGGAAAAAGAAAUCACAUCUCAUCACUACACUGUCUGUGAAUUGUUGUGGGUUGUGGAAUUUCUCCCAAGGGAAUGGAGAGCUUCGUCCUCUACACUUCAUCUUCCUCCUUCUCACCCUCCUCUCGCCUUUCUUUACUCCGCAGAUCACCGCCCUCCCUCAAAUCCCCCCCCUCCAUUUUCCCCUCCUCCGCCUCUCCUCGCCCGGUCUCCAACCUCCGAUCACCUCCCUCGCGCCUUCUCCCCCCCCUCGCCCUCUUCAAAUCAAAACCCCGCACUUUCCUCCACCCAAUCCAAGCAUCCCCCUCGCCACCCCCACCACCGGUAGAGGAAUCCCCUAAGGGCGCCAAACUUAUUCCCUUUAUAAUCUCAAUAUCCAUUGGCUUGAUUGUCCGAUUUUUGGUGCCGAAACCCGUGCAAGUGUCGAUGCAAGCCUGGCAACUUCUGGCCAUAUUUCUCUCAACAGUCGCCGGACUGGUAUUGAAUCCAUUGCCGGUGGGUGCCUGGGCUUUUCUCGGCCUCACUACCUCAAUUCUCACCAAUACGCUGUCGUUUUCCACGGCUUUCGGGGCGUUCACCAACGAGGUGAUUUGGUUGAUCGUGAUUUCGUUUUUCUUCGCCCGUGGGUUCGUGAAAACGGGCUUGGGCGAUCGAGUUGCCAACUACUUUGUGAAGUGGCUGGGGAAGAGUACUCUGGGGUUGUCAUAUGGGUUAACUUUCAGUGAGAUUCUCAUUGCUCCUGCAAUGCCCUCCACCACCGCCAGAGCUGGUGGCAUUUACUUGCCCAUUAUCAAGUCCUUGUCGCUUUCCGUUGGGAGUAAACCGGGUGAUCCCUCUGCCAGGAAACUCGGCGCUUAUCUCGUUCAGUCCCAAUUUCAGUCUGCUGGUAACUCUAGUGCUCUUUUCCUGACUGCUGCAGCUCAAAACAUGCUAUGCCUCAAACUAGCUGAGGAAGUUGGGGUGAUUGUUUCAAGCCCAUGGGUUUCUUGGUUCAGGGCUGCUAGUGUACCAGCACUGGUUUCUCUUCUACUCUCCCCAUUUAUCUUAUAUAAUCUAUAUCCUCCUGAGAUCAAAGACACACCUGAUGCCCCUGCCAUGGCUACUAAAAGGCUGGAGCAUAUGGGUUCUGUCACAAGAGAUGAGUGGGUGAUGAUUGGCACAAUGAUUCUUGCAGUAUCUUUAUGGGUCUUUGGAGAGGCUCUUGGUAUAGCAAGUGUUGUUGCUGCCAUGCUUGGCUUAUCAAUAUUGCUGUUAUUGGGAGUUCUUGAAUGGGAUGAUUGUUUAAGUGAAAAGUCAGCGUGGGAUACCUUAGCUUGGUUUGCAGUUCUAGUAGGUAUGGCAGGCCAAUUAACAAACCUUGGUAUUGUAACCUGGAUGUCAAGUUGUGUGGCAAACCUCCUUCAAUCUUUCUCUUUGAGUUGGCCAGCUGCCUUCGGUGUUCUUCAGGCUUCUUACUUCUUCAUUCACUACCUAUUUGCAAGUCAAACUGGUCAUGUAGGUGCAUUGUACUCUGCUUUUCUCGCUAUGCACGUGGCAGCUGGGGUGCCUGGUGUGCUGGCAGCAUUGUCUUUAGCUUACAAUACCAAUCUUUUUGGUGCACUAACACAUUACAGCAGUGGUCAGGCUGCUGUCUACUAUGGAGCUGGGUACGUGGACCUUCCAGAUGUAUUCAAAGUAGGCUUUAUGAUGGCCUUGAGUAAUGCUGUGAUUUGGGUAGUAGUUGGGUCAUUCUGGUGGAAGUUCUUGGGCCUCUAUUGAGUUUUCACAUUCUUAGGUAAUUCUUACAAUUUUCCUGUUAUAUUUUGUCCGCCUGAUCCAGGACAUGGUUGAGAGCAUCUCAUUUUUCCUUCAGGAAAAUCUUCCAAUUUUAUGGCUUUUGGCUUCUUCAGAGUAAAGAACCAGUGUUACCAUGCUCAAUCGAAUUCCAAAUAAUUUUCUCUUUAUGGAAGGAAAAGUUGGAAAAUGAAGUGUACAACACUCUAUGUCAUCCCUAAUUAUCGUGGGCUGCACUGUUGUGAUACACAGUGUUCAUAUAACCACUGAGCUUGAUUUUGAUUGUGGAAAGGAAAAUAAGAAGGAAAAAAAAUGAAGAAAAGAAAACGAAAAUCUAAAGUAAUUAUACUAAGGGCAUGUUUGUUACCCUAUACUGUGAAUGAAAGUGAGAAAGUUAUUCCA